AUGGAGAAUCCCUCCUUAGAAGCCACGUCCUCAGACAAGGUGACCAUCAACAACCCAGCAGAUGUCACCGUCAUCAUUGGAUACUUCAUCAUGGUCAUUGGUGUCGGCAUUUGGUCCAUGUUCCGGACCAAUCGUGGCACGGUGGGAGGGUAUUUCCUUGCGGGACGGACCAUGACCUGGUGGCCGGUUGGUGCAUCUCUGUUUGCCAGCAAUAUCGGCAGUGGUCACUUUGUGGGCUUGGCCGGCACCGGGGCGGCCAGUGGUAUCGCAGUGGGAGGGUUUGAGUGGAAUGCUCUGUUCAUCGUGCUGCUGCUGGGCUGGUUGUUUGUGCCUGUCUACCUUACAGCCGGGGUGAUCACCAUGCCUCAGUACCUGAAGAAGAGGUUUGGAGGAGGCAGGAUCAGCCUCUACCUCUCAGUCAUCUCUCUUUUCCUCUACAUCUUCACCAAGAUCUCUGUGGAUAUGUUUUCAGGAGCUGUGUUCAUCCAGCAGGCAUUAGGAUGGAACAUCUAUGUGGCUGUCAUUGCCCUUCUGUCCAUCACAGCCUUGUACACUGUCACAGGUGGCCUGGCUGCUUUGAUGUACACAGACACAGUUCAGACCUUCAUCAUCAUCGCUGGUGCCUUUGUUCUCACUGCCUUCUCCUUUGCUAAAGUAGGAGGCUACAGCGCUCUGCUGGCCAGCUACAGCUCUGCACUGCCAAGGGCCACCGCCUCCCUGGACCCCCAGCGUUACAACAUCUCCCCCCAGUGCUUCACCCCCAGACAGGACUCCUUCAGCCUGCUGAGGGACCCGGCCACAGGAGACCUGCCCUGGCCCGGGGUGCUGUUUGGGAUCGCCAUACUGGGAGGCUGGUACUGGUGCACAGACCAGGUGAUAGUCCAGCGGUGCCUGGCAGCUCGGAGUCUGACACACGUGAAGGCCGGCUGCAUCAUGUGUGGCUACCUCAAACUGCUGCCCAUGUUCCUCAUGGUCUUCCCUGGCAUGAUCAGCAGGGUCCUCUACCCAGACGAGGUUGGCUGUGUGGUCCCGGAGUUGUGUAAGGAGGUGUGUGGGACUGAGGUGGGCUGCUCCAAUAUUGCUUACCCUAAACUGGUGGUGUCAGUCAUGCCCAACGGUUUGCGAGGUCUGAUGCUGGCUGUGAUGUUGGCUGCCCUCAUGUCCUCCCUGGCCUCCAUCUUUAACAGCAGCAGCACUCUGUUCACCAUGGACAUCUGGACUCGGAUCAGACCGCAGGCCACAGAGAGCGAGCUCAUGAUCGUAGGCAGGGUCUGGGUGCUGUGUAUCGUAGCCAUCAGUAUCUGUUGGAUCCCAGUGGUCCAGGCGGCUCAGAGCGGUCAGCUGUUUGAUUACAUCCAGUCAGUCACCAGCUAUCUGGCUCCCCCCAUCGCCUCAGUCUUCUUCCUGGCGGUGUUUGUUAAGAGGGUCAACGAACCGGGUGCAUUCUGGGGUCUGAUGGGUGGCCUGGUGAUAGGUCUGUGUCGCAUGAUCCCAGAGUUUUGGUUCGGCACCGGCACUUGUCUUUUUCCCUCAACCUGCCCCGGUCUGGUGUGUGGUGUCCAUUACCUCUACUUUGCUGUGCUACUCUUCCUCUGUACAUCGGUGCUGGUGCUGCUGGUCAGCUACUGCACUGAGCCCAUAGACGACCGACACCUCCAUCGUCUGGUGUUCAGCCUGCGCCACUCCAAGGAGGAAAGGGAGGAUUUGGACUGGAAGGAAGAGGAGAGAGGGAGGAGAGCCCGCAGAGAGGCUGAGGAGAGGAGGAGGGAAAGGACUGAGCACGAGCCAGAGGCAGAGCAGAAGGGCAAGUCUGGUAUCUGCCGCCUGGUGGGCUGGGUCUGUGGCGUGGGCGGCGACUCCCAGUCCCUCAAACCCACUGAGCUGGAAGAGCCUGAGGCGUCAGAGCAGCUGCCCGACAUCAGCGAGGACCCGGUGUGGAGGCACACUGUGGAUGCCAAUGCUCUCAUCAUGAUGGCUGUGGCAGUUUUUAUGUGGGGUUACUAUGCUUAA